AUGUCUUUCCGGGCAGUCAUCCGUACUAUCCUCAUGACAUCCAAGCUCAACGUGCUGCUGAUCUUCGUCCCCGUUGGCAUCACGUUCAACUUCAUCCCCGGCAUGCCCGCAGUGCUAGUCUUUGCGUGCAACACCAUUGCCCUGGUUCCACUCUCCAGCCUGCUCGCCUAUGCGACGGAAUGUAUCGCCAGCGACCUGGGAGACACCAUUGGCGCGCUUAUCAACAUCAGCCUGGGCAACCUCAUCGAGCUCAUCACUCUCUUCGUCGCUCUGAAGGAGGGCAAGGUACACAUCGUCCAGGGCGCGCUCGUGGGCUCAAUCCUUGUCAACCUGCUUCUGGUGCUCGGCUGCGCCAUUAUCGUUGGCGACUUUCUUGCUGCCGACCUCGAGCAGCAGUUCGACGUCAGCCAUGCCCAGGCUCUAGCAUGCCUGCUGGCCCUGUCAGUCAUGAGUAUUCUCAUUCCGAUUGGCUUCCACUAUUCCAUGGACGACCAGGAUGCCGCCAACUAUGCUGUCUCGUCCAUGAGUAGAAUAUCGGCCGUCAUUCUCCUCUUCGUCUAUGCCGUCUACGUGUCGUUCCUACUACGGCCUCAGCGUCGUCACGCACGGCCCGUGUCAGUGGAAGAUGGAUCGGGCCACCUCGCUGCCGGGAGUCACGAGGACCUUGGAGCAGAUAGACUACCUGCGAGCCGCACCGUCAAAUUUGCUGACGAUGGAAGAAACACAAGACACCGCCGCGGUGAGAGCAUCGAGAUGAGUGGACUAAGCUCACAAGCCAGUCGCACACAUAAGAACGAAGAAGACGAAGACGACGAAGACUCGACCGAGUCUGACGACGACGGCACUAGCCCCAAUCGGCCAGCAGCCAGAGCCAGCAAAAGCACAAACACGGACUCUCUCAGCCGAGUUCCCAGCAAUACCUCCGGCCCAUCCUCGACGUCCAGGAUAUCGUCCCACUCACGGUCACGUUCUCGAUCGCUGACCAUGCCUGGGGCACAACACAUGGACCUCAUGGGCCGGUACAUGCGCCGGGAUAGCCUGGCCAAUGACACGGACGAUAUCAUUAGCACCGGCCAAAUAUCCAGCUCGGCCCAGCACCGGCGUGCAGGUAGCUCGUCUGUAGAUAUGACGCACAACCUCAGCAGUGGCAGCGCCAACGGACAGCUGAGCAUGGUGAGCAGCCAUUCGGCCACGGCUCUCGUUGCCACGCUCGCCGCACCGCUAGAAGAGAACCUGCCUCAGAUCAGCCGCAACGCCUCGCUUCUCCUGCUAGUCGGGGCGUCCAUCCUGACUGCCAUCUGCGCGGAAUUCAUCGUAGCCAACAUCGAGCAGGUCACCGCCGCGACCGGCUUCUCCAAAGCUUUCAUCGGCCUGAUCGUGCUGCCGAUCGCGGGCAACGCGGCCGAGUUCAUCACGGCCAUCAGCGUCGCGGCCGUGGGCAAGGCCGAUCUCGCGCUGGGCGUUUCGUUCGGUUCCUCCAUCCAGAUCAGCCUGUUCGUCGCGCCGCUGAUGAUCCUCGGCGGUUGGAUCCUGGACCAGGACAUGACGCUCGACUUUGGCGUCUUUGACACGAUUGCGCUCAUCGGAUCGGCCCUGGUCGUGAAUGUGCUCAUCACCAAUGGGCGGUCGAACUAUCUCGAAGGGUGUUUGCUGGUGGCGUGUUACCUCAUGGUUGCGUAA